AUGAUCUCCUUUCCGACGCAAUAUUAUGAUCAAGACAAUUAUUGCAUUAUUCGACAAGCGACGGAUCGCGUGGUCGGCGUGACUUUAAUCUCUUCCGACCUGAGAGCGUGGCGUGCUGCUCUAACAUCCGACCCGGUGGUGCGUCAUGGCGCUACUGCCGAGGACGAACACGCGUCUUCCCUUCGUAGUGACACCGCGCACGUUGGGACGUCGUUUCGCCGUACAAUAAUAAACCCUAUCGUUGUACGCGUAUUUGUUAUGCGAUAA